CGUGGAAAGAACCGUCAUAAACGCCAGCGGCCUGCAUAUUCUGUUUUUCCACGCCUGCGGCUAUAUUGCCUCUCAUCUUCGUCCGAACUUCCAUCAUCGCCAAGGCGCCUUUGAGUCGCCAGACGCGUCGUGCUACUGAACAGACGUCUUUUCGUCCCUCGUAUGCCCCCAGCCAUGUCCAAAGAUCCAACCCAAACCUCAGCGGUCACGAAGAGGAAGAAACCGCCCGCAUGCGACUAUUGCAAGGCGCGUCGUGUAAUCUGCCACCCGCAACCGGACGGCAAGCCUUGUCCAAGAUGCGUUGAGAAAGAAGUCGUAUGCACGACAACACCGACUGUGCGACGCAAGCCUCAGCGGAGACAUGCGGACAAUACUGAGCCUACUGCAGCGGCAGAUGCCGCUCCAUCAACUUCCAAGAGCUGUUCUUCCGGGGCCAGCCAGAGACAAGCUGGUCAGCAGAACGCGGAGGCUCCACCAGUCGUAGCAUCAGUGUCAUCGCGCGAGAGUACGAGGAUUGGACCCGUCCUUUCUUGGCGGGAUGCGCAUCCCCUACCCGCACCAUUGAUCGAAGAGCUCAUAAAGGUUUUCCCUUACUUGCCUCAAUCUCAGCUCCCUAUCGUACCCUACCAUCGAAUACACGACAAGUUAGAGGCCUGCGGAUGGAACCCCUCGCAGCUAGACGCGCACUCUUGCGUCCUCGCGCACUGCAUCGUCGCCGUGACCGCGCGCGUAUCCACGCACCCCAUGCUCAUCGGCGCGGACGUGACCGACACGCAGCUCCUCGAGUUCCUCUCCUCUGGUAACCUGAUGAUCACGCCCGGCUUGGACCUGCGCGAGCUCGGGCGCAGGCGAGACACAAUCUGUAGAGGCCUGCACGACGAGGCGUGUUGGCUCGCGCGCGAGGCGGGCAUCACGAUCUACACGUCGGAGGAGAAUGCGGCGUCGUGCUAUCUGUUGGACUUUCUCGAGUCUUCUACGCAUUCGUACGACAGCUCGUUGUCCUGGUCCGCCGCAAUGAUGUGGCAUGUUCGCGCCCUGGCGGAGUCAGAGGACCACAGCAACCUCUUCUCCGUCAACUAUCGGCGGCUGCAUUGGCCGGUUCACCUCUUUGACUGCGCUCUCCUUUCUAUAGGUUCUGGUCGUUCCCUUCCUUUUACCGAGCACGACGAGCGCUUGAUAUGCGGACUACCACCAAUCGACAUUGAAACUGCAACAAUCACUUUGGCGACCGAGCCGCUCACGGGGAAGAGCAUUGGCGAAUUUAUAUAUCCCUUCCUCAGCCACGUCAUCAAGCUCGUACGCUCCAGUUCGGAGAAUCUUGUCGGUCCCUACGCUCGACGACAGCCCUUAGACGAGGCCAUGCUCACAAGUCACCUCUGCGCCGUCGAGGCGCUGCAGAAAACCUGCGUGUUCCUCCACGCCUGCAUCGAGUCCGCUAUCCCGCGGGUCAAGCGGAAUUGGGCAAGACCUGCGCUGGCAAAUGGGCUGUUCAUCACCAGCCUCGCGGUGCCCGGGCUACUUAUACCUCUACACCGAGAACUUAAGCGCCGGCUCGCUGCUGACUCGUCUGGAGGCGGAGGAGACGCUGUUGGUACAGGAGGUCACGACGGCGUGGGCGGACUCAGCAGUAUGACCGGAAUAGGACACGCCCUUCCCUCGACGGACUAUGCGCGUCGCCGUCUCGAGCUCCUGCAGCGCCAGGUGCGGGCUCUGGCCCUCCGCGCUGUGGUCGAGGCGACGAGGCGUGCGCGGGACCUUCCGAGUCUGCCGUACAUGACGCACCUGCAGAACACGCGCUUCGAGGAGUGGCUGCAGAUGCUCGUCGACGAGAGCGAGGGGUGCGAUAUUUCGCCCCUGGAGCGGUAUGAGACGCUGGAGCGAAUAGCCGACCUCUUCAAGCUCGACGGCUUCGCCUGGGUGGAGAGGUCCGGGGCCAUAUCCCUUGUCGAAUCGGAGAUGGCCUACCUACAAGCGCAACACCACUUUGUGCCUCAUUCUUGGCGUCCCGAUGCUUGGGCGGACGAAAUGUUGGUCGACGGCGCGCUCGAAGACCAGGCGCUUGGAAACGAGACCGCAGCGCUCGGUGAUGAGGACGCUUUUGGGGACAUGUGGGAAAUGCCCAUGGGCGACGACCAUACCUCUCUAGUGCCCCCGGAGGAUUUCCUGGGUCAGGCGAUCGUUCCUGGCACGACACCGGGGAUGGUGGACGAUCCUCAGAUGCUAGGACAGAGCUUCUUGCAAGCAGACACUCACCUUGACUUCACUAUGAGCUAACGGAGUGCUUCCGUAGCCUACCGACCUCUUAUGGAACUUUGGCUAUGGAGUUCUGUUACAUACCUGUUAUAUCUCGUCUGUAAAGCGGACAUGAAUGUAGAGCUGGAGAGUACGACAGUGCCCCAAAUCUUGCACUCUCUCAACGGUC